GCCGAGGCGCCCAUGGGGCUCCUUAAAGGCGCCGCCGCCCCCUCCCUUCCCCCCCCCCCCAGCAGCCGGCGGAGGGAAACGCCGCACGCGGCUGGAAUGAGCAGGGGACCAGGGUCAUGGCUGAGAAGACAUCCCCGAGCCCCGGGGGGGGCAUCACGCCGCUGCAGCAGAUGCUGGCCUCGGGGACGGGGGCCAUCCUCACCUCCCUCUUCGUGACGCCGCUGGACGUGGUGAAGAUCCGGCUGCAGGCCCAGAGGACCCCCUUCUCCAAAGUGUGUCCAGCACAGUCUGUGCCCUGGGGUGCUCAGCAACCCACAUGGAAGUGUUUCCUCUACUGCAACGGGCUCAUGGACCAUUUGUACGUCUGCCAGAACGGCAACAGCUGCACUGCCUGGUACAAGACCCCCACCCGCUUCACCGGCACGCUGGAUGCCUUUGUGAAGAUCACACGCUACGAGGGCAUCAGGUCUCUGUGGAGCGGUUUGCCCCCCACCCUGGUGAUGGCUGUGCCAGCCACCGUCAUUUAUUUCACCACCUAUGACCAGCUCCGGGACUACCUGCACACCCGGACAGGGAGUGGGGGGCACCACAUCCCCUUGUUGGCCGGGGCCCUCGCCAGGCUGGGUGCUGUCACAGUCAUCAGCCCCUUGGAGCUGAUCCGCACCAAGAUGCAGUCCCAGCAGCUCAGCUACCGGGAGCUGGGGGUCUGCAUCCAGUCAGCAGUGGCUCAGGAUGGCUGGAUGUCCCUCUGGAGGGGCUGGGGACCCACCGUGCUGCGGGAUGUCCCCUUCUCAGCUCUCUACUGGUUUAACUACGAGCUGGUGAGGGAGUGGAUCUGCAGGCAGGCCCGGCUGGACGAGGCCACUGUCAUGAUCAGCUUUGCCUCUGGGGCCAUCUCUGGCACAGUGGCUGCAGUGCUGACUCUGCCCUUCGACGUGGUGAAGACCCAGCGGCAGGUCCAGCUGGGAGACAAUGAGGUGCACCCAGUCACAGCUUCCAAGCCUUCCUCCACCUGGCUGCUCCUGCGGCGCAUCCGGGCCGAAUCCGGCACCCGGGGGCUGUUUGCAGGCUUCCUGCCCCGUGUCAUUAAGGUGGCACCUGCCUGUGCCAUCAUGAUCAGCACCUACGAAUUUGGCAAGAGCUUUUUCCAGAAGCUGAACCAGGAGCGGCGGCUGCGCGGGUUGUGAGGCUGGGCUGGGGCAGGGCUGGAUGUGGCUGGUGGCCCAGGGGACAGUGCCAACCCUGCUUCUGGGCCCUGGGAGCACCAAACCCCACUCAGCUCUUGGCCAAAGCCCAAGUGCCUUCGUGUUGUGCUCUGCCUCCCCCCGGUUCCCCAGCCACAGAGUGGGGGGACACGGGUGCCUGCUGCUGUGACACGGGGGGGAUGUCCCCCACGCUCCUCCCUUGAGGCUGGAUGGAUGCUGCUGAAUUUAUGGACACUCUGGUGAGGAAGGGGUGACCUGGAAGCCUUGGCAGGAGUUGGAGCUCUGGAGAGGACCAAACCCUCGAGGGCUUCUCUGCUCCAACCUGGGCUCUGCCCCUCUUCACCACCAGUCACGCACAGGAUCCCCUUGCCAUGGUGAGGGGACACGUCAGGACCCUCUCCCAGCCUCUGGACCUCUCCUGCUCAGGGUGGCCCUGGCCCCUGGGCUGGGACCCUGCCUGGGGACAGACCUCACUGCUGCUCCCGGGGGUGACAUUCUGGCACCAACCCUCUUCCCGUGCCCCUCUCACUGUGAGGUCCUGCCCUAGUGUCAUGCCCAGGGCAGGUGCUGCCCCAGCUUGCCCAGGACUCCAGGAGGGAGUUUCUUUUAUUUUCUUAAAUAAAAAGCAAUAUUGUCUCUUGGG